AUGCCUGUUCAAACAUCAUUUAAGUCAGUUACAGAUAAAUGGAAUUGGAAUGAAUGGUUAACAUUACCAUUAAGAUAUUGUGAUUUACCUCGACAUGCGAUUUUAACAUUUUCAAUUCAUGAAAUUCUUUCACCAACUGAUAUACGAAUUGUUGGAAGUACAACAAUAUCAUUGUUUGCUUCUGAUGGAACAUUUCGUCGAGGUAUAUAUGAUUUAAACCUAUGGCCAAAUGUUCCGCCGGAUGUUAAAUUUCAUUCAACAACAUUAGGAAAAGUAGAACCAAUAUUAAAUCAAGAACCAAUUCUUAAUAAUUAUACAAAUAAAACUGUAUUAACAACAACAAAUUUACAAAAUAAUUCCAAACAAAUAACAGCUAAACUCCCGGUGAUAACAUGGAAUGAUGAAAGUGAAUAUCCGAUUUUGGAUGAAUUAAGUCGAAUAGCAAAAUUAAUUAAAACUCAAUGUGAUGGACAUACAAUACAUCAAGAAUGGCUUGAACAAUUAACAUUAGCUAAAGCACGUUCAUGUUUAGAUAUUGAACGAUCAAAUUCAAAAUCAAUGCUUUUAUUAAUUGAAUUUGCUCGAACAAUGAUUGAAGAUAAUGAAUGUGUUGUACUUUAUUUUGAACCGAAUUUUGAUGAUAUUAUUAAUUAUCCAAUUGGUUAUACAGAUUUUGUUGUUUUUGAUCCUGAACUAGAUCUUGAAAAUAUUGUUGAAAGUAAACAUUUAAAAUUAGCACGUAGUGGUCGAAAAGCAAUAGAUAAAGACUUAAAACCAUCACGUGAACAACGUGAUAAAUUAAUGCAAAUUGUAGCAUAUCCACCAGGACAAUAUCUUUCGAUUGAAGAACAAGAUUUAGUAUGGAAAUAUCGAUUCUUUUUAUCACAAUAUAAAAAAGCACUUGCAAAAUUUCUUCAAUGUGUUCAUUGGGAUAAAGAAGAAGAAGUUAAACAAGCACUUGAUUUAUUACAACAAUGGGUUACAAUGGAUACUGAUGAUGCACUUGAAUUACUUGGUCCAACUUAUCAUCAUCCUAAAGUUCGUUCUUAUGCUGUUUCAAGAUUAAGACAAGCAUCAGAUGAAGAUCUUCUUUUAUAUCUUUUGCAAUUAGUACAAGCUCUUAGAUAUGAACGUUAUGAUUUAAUUAAUGCUUAUGUUGUUGAUGCUACAGGCGAAGAACAGAACAGUUUAAACAGUAGUAGUGAAAACUAUGCUAAUGUUGUCGUUCCAUCUGAUUCUACAUCUUGUGAUUCAACAAAAUCUUCUAGUCCACAAAUUGAUUUAUCAACAUUUUUAAUUCAACGAGCAUGCGAAAAACCAAUAGUUGCAAAUUAUUUAUUUUGGUAUGCAUAUGUUGAAUGUGAAAAUAAUAGUUCAUUAAAAGAUAAAGCUAUAACUGAUAUGUAUCAAGCAUUUGUCGAACGACUGAGUGUAACACUUAAAACGAAAAAUGAACAAACUCAACAAGUUCGUUUAUCAAUUGAAGCACAAAAAAAAUUUGUUGAUAAACUUGUCGAAUUAACAAAUAUCGUAAAACGUGUACAAGGUUCAGCUAAAGUGAAAGAAGAUAAAUUACGCAGUUUAUUAUUAGCUGGUGAUGAUUCACCAGUGAAAUUUAAUUUUCUUAAUUUUGAUCCAAUACCACUUCCAUUAGAUCCUGAAAUUAUAAUUCGACGAAUUAUUCCAGAAAAAAUUAGAAUAUUUAAAAGUGCAAAAUUACCUUUUCUAUUUGUAUGUGAAACAGUUCAAGGUGAAGAAUAUCCAAUUAUAUUCAAGUAUGGUGAUGAUCUUCGACAAGAUCAACUUAUUUUACAAAUUAUUACUCUGAUGGAUCGAGUAAGAUAUCAUAAAUAA